UGUCAGUGUUACACUGGUCCAGUUACAGUUCGCUGUCAUUUAGGAUCAGCUUUGUACUUGUAAGGUUACUAAGCCUUUUUUACAUGCACACCAAUUCACGACACGUUGACAAGAAUUGCCAUCAGUUCGGAUCCAACAUCGCAAUUGACUCUCAAGCCAUGCUUCCAAAAAUUUAGCGACGCUUGCUAUAACCAUGUCGUCCGUUUCCGAAACCCGACAUCGUAGCGUCCCAUCACCAGCCGAGACAGCAUCUGCGACGGCCGACACUAAAACGAUCGAUACCACAAAAUCGCCAGCAAAGCAAAAACAACCCCCCCCUGAGAAACCCCAAGAUGUUCAAAGGCGAUCAUAUAUAGUGGCAUCUUUUUGGUUCAUUGUUCUAUUUUUAGGAUUGCCAAUAUGGUGGAAAACGACUACCAUAUACAGGGCCGAUCUGCCCUUGAGCGAGAUGAUGGAAUGGGCUGACGGCAAGACCUGUCAACCGGUAUUCCCUCUUAAUGUCGCUAUUGAUGCGCCAACUCUUAAAAGCGACGAAGUUGAGAAUCUCGUGCGCAUUACCCAACAAGCGUUAGACACAACGGACGACUUCAAAGGACAUCGUCUUGAACUUGAAGUAUCGCAACACUCGAGCGCCGAUCUCACGCGCAAUUUAAUACAGGACUCUAAUACUACGCUCAUAAUCCGCCUAAGCCCCGGCGAUGUUACCACUUCCUCGCUCCAGUCGCAAAAUCCCAUCCUAGACAUUACUUACCCCCCGAAUUCGAUACCGGCACCAGACGCUGUCUCUUCCGACUUUGCGACAUACCUAGCGACUCAGCUCCGUGAAGCUUUCUCGGAGGAGCGGGAUGUCAUGUCAUAUCUAUUAGCGACAUCGUCCAUGCCAUUUGAGCAACGGCCGCUGGGAUCCUCUCAAACAUUCUCCGAUUCCCUUUCUAAACGAAUGACGAGAUCGUUGAAAUAUUCACAAACCUACCAUUUGACAUUCUCGUUAUUCACGAGCGGGCCUACUCCAAGUGGCUGGGAUAUCGAAACUGCUAUCGACGAAUACAUGAAACCCAUACUAGAUAUGCUCGGACCUAUUCAUAACUUCACUAUAGAUACCCAGGUCCAGUUAUACGCCGCUCCGGGUGUUCAAUCGCAAGUGUUAAGCAAAGAGGAUCUUUCCUCUUUUAUAAAUGCUGCCGAAUGGCCACUGUCGCCUUCAAUAGGGGGUGCACCAACGGUCAACUUUGUUGUAUACAUUGGUAACCAAACUAUUGGCGUUGGCUCAGAAACGGGCACUUCCCAAUCAUGGCUCAUUCCGCAAUGGGGCUCUGUGUAUCUUUUACCACCCCCUCCUACGGGUAAUGUCCCUUCGGAGUUGCUAAAACAGCCUAUCCUCACCUUUACCUCCCAUCUACUCUCUCUACUCGGUACCCCGCAGUCGGGUCCCUUGCCUAUGCGCUUCUCGACACUCACGCGCAUUCGAACCGCAGAUUUGCUCCUACGAGCUUCCUCAUCCCUAGGCUCACUAGCUCGCCUGUCCCUGGCGUUGCCAAGUAUAUCGAUUCCAUCUAGCGUAGCUGAUGGUGUGGCUAAGUCUAUGCAUCACUUACAGCUUGCGUGCUCCAACCUUGGUGGAACUGACGGCCUCGAACACGCGCGAAUUGCCGAUGUUGAGGCCGAGCGUGCCUUCUUUGAGAAGAGCAUGGUCGGACAGUUAUACUUCCCCGACGAACACAAGAUUGCUGUGUAUUUACCAUUGCUUGGGCCGGUCGGGGUCCCCUUGUUUAUCGGCCUACUGAAUCAGAUCAAGGCGUGGAGAAAGGGAAGGAUGGGGAACGUAAAAGAGCCAUGAGCCUAUCAAAGAAGAAUAUAGAUUACUACGAAUUGGCAAUAACCCGUAACAUGCCAAGCCCGGAUCGUAGUUUCGCCCUAUAGCUAGAUAGAUGGCCCGAGACGGGGUGGGAUGUGCUGCUAUAGCCUGGCAAGCCCAGUGUUGAGCAUUACAUAUGUAUGGGUGGUAUGGACGUGCUAUCGUAACUACCUCUAUUCCUAUCCAGUGCCCAGUCUACUGCAUAUAGGGUACCGACGUUGAGUCUCCUAAAGAGCACACAGACAUGUGAAAUGGAUACUAGAUAGGUCACGCCUAUCAAGUCAUACCAGAUAUCGAACGGUACCAGUCAUGAGGUACACUAUAAUGCUAUAGCGUCACAAUGAUAUUCCCUGGGUUUACUGCCUUUGUUAAGACCCAAAGUGUUUUAAGCCCUGGAGCCAAUCGAUAAAUGGAUACAUCUGCAGAUUUUCUCCCCUCCAUCUCUUCUCCACGGCUGGGGUAUCUUCAAUAUAAUCAUCUAACUAUGGUUCAUCGUUACGAACAUUGAACUCGAAACCGACAUGAAGGUACGG